AUGGCUCCAUCAACAGUAUUAGAUGGGUGCCCAUAUGGGUAUCGGCCAUAUCCAGAUAGCACCACUAAUGCCUUGAAUCCGUGCUUCCUGUCCAUGGUGUCUUCGUGGCAAGCCGUUUUCUUUUUAUUGGUAGGUACCUAUCAACUACGGAAACUUUAUAGGAACAAAAGAGUUCCGCCCAAGUUUAAGAACUUUCCAAUAUAUCCAGGUGAAAUCAGCAGCAGACAUACAAUGCAUUUGACUAACGUUUGCUUUCAGUCCACCCUCAUAAUUUGCCAACUGGCUUUAGUAGCCCAGCAAAGCGACGAGAAUUACCCAUCUAUAUUGAAAACGUCUCUUUACUUAAAUCUCCUCUUCAAUAUGGGGAUUUCUCUUCCUACUCAAUACUUAGAAUACUUUAAGAGCACGUACUCUAUGGGUAACCAGCUUUUCUAUUACAUGUUUCAAAUAUUUAUGCAAUUUUUCCUAAUAGCGCAAAGAUAUUACCAUAACUCAAGUGAACCAAGACUCGCCUUAAUUAGUGGUCAAGCAGCUAUGAUCUUGGAAUUUCUCAUUCUCGGUAACUCUGUGACAAUUUUCGUUUAUGAUUUAUGCCUAUUUGAACCAAUCGAGGAAUUGGCUGAAUACUAUAAGGAAAACGAUUGGUAUCCUCCCGUGAAUGUAUUGUCGUAUAUUACGUUUAUUUGGAUGAACAAAUUGAUAAUGAAAACCUACCGUGAUAAGAAAAUUGAAAAUCCUGACAAACUGCCCCUACCACCAGUUGAUUUGGAUAUUAGGACAAUAAGCAAGGGAUUUGAAGGAAAUUGGGAACUGGAGAAAUGGCUGGAUAGAAACUCUCUCCAGCGAGCUAUUUGGAAGUCUUUUGGGAAGACUAUUUCAAUAGCGGUGCUAUAUGAAACCACAUCUGACUUACUGUCUGUUAUACAACCACAAUUUCUACGUUUAUUCAUAGAGGGCUUCAAUCCAGAGACACCCGCUAAAUACCCUCCUUUAAACGGUGUAUUUAUCGCUCUUGCUCUUUUCUUGAUAAGCGUGAUCUCUGUUUUCCUUUCAAACCAAUUUUAUAUUGGAAUUUAUGAGGCUGGUUUAGGGAUGAGAGGGUCUUUGGCUUCUUUAGUAUACCAAAAAUCUCUAAAAUUGUCAUUGGCUGAGCGUAAUAACAAAUCUACGGGUGAUAUAUUAAAUCUGAUGUCCGUGGAUGUCCUGAGAAUUCAGAGAUUUUUCGAGAAUGCUCAAACCAUUAUUGGUGCUCCCAUCCAAAUCAUCGUUGUUUUAACUUCACUUUAUUGGCUAUUAGGGAAUGCUGUCAUUGGUGGUUUAGUCACCAUGGCCAUUAUGAUGCCUAUUAAUGCUCUAUUGUCGAAAAAGGCUAAAGCAUUAUCAAAGACACAGAUGAAAUAUAAGGAUAUGAGGAUCAAAACUAUAACAGAGCUUCUGAACGCUAUAAAGUCUAUCAAAUUGUACGCCUGGGAAGAACCUAUGAUGGAAAAAUUAAAUCAUGUCCGCAAUGACAUGGAAUUGAAAAAUUUUAGGAAAAUUGGUAUAGUGAGUAACCUGAUAUAUUUUGCCUGGAACUGUGUUCCUUUAAUGGUAACUUGCUCUACAUUCGGCCUGUUUUCUUUAUUCAGUGAUACGCCAUUAUCUCCUUCCAUUGUUUUCCCUUCACUGUCUUUAUUUAAUAUUUUGAAUAGUGCCAUAUAUUCAGUCCCAUCCAUGAUAAAUUCCAUUAUAGAGACAAGUGUUUCAAUGGGAAGACUAAAGUCUUUCCUCCUUAGUGAUGAAGUUGACGACUCAUUUAUUGAACGUACUGAUUCUCCAUCUGAUGAGAGUGUAUUACCUGUCUUGGAGAUGAAUAACAUUACCUUUUUAUGGAAAUCAAAGGAGGCAUUAGCAUCCAGUCAACUUGAAAACAAUUCAAGGACGGACGAAGAAUCUACAAUAGGAUCGUCUCAAAUUGCAUUAAGGAAUAUCGAUCAUUUCGAAGCGAAAAGGGGUGAUUUGGUUUGCGUUGUCGGCCGUGUGGGUGCUGGUAAAUCGACUUUUUUAAAAGCGAUCCUUGGCCAACUCCCUUGCAUGAGUGGUUCCAAAGAAUCGCUACCACCCAAGUUGAUUAUUAGAGCAUCGUCCUUGGCAUAUUGCUCACAAGAAUCUUGGAUAAUGAAUGCCUCUGUGAGAGAGAAUAUUUUAUUCGGUCAUAAAUUUGAUAAGGUUUAUUAUGAUCUUACCAUCAAAGCAUGCCAAUUGUUACCUGACUUAAAAAUUUUGCCAGACGGCGAUGAAACUUUGGUGGGUGAAAAGGGUAUAUCUCUAUCUGGUGGUCAAAAGGCCCGUCUCUCAUUAGCUAGGGCUGUAUACUCAAGGGCAGAUAUUUACUUACUGGAUGAUAUCCUAUCCGCUGUUGAUGCAGAAGUCAGUAAGAAUAUCAUUGAACAUGUUUUGAUUGGGAAAACAGCUUUGUUGAAAAAUAAGACAAUUAUUUUGACUACUAAUACAGUAUCAAUCUUAAAACACUCGCAAAUGAUUUAUGCACUCGAAAGUGGUGAAAUCGUCGAACAUGGAAACUACGAAAGUGUAAUGAAGCGUGAGAACAAUAAUUCUAAAUUAAAGAAGCUGCUAGAAGAAUUCGAUACUCCCAUUGAUAAUAUGAAUGGGAAUGAUACGCGAACUGAUCAGUCACCUGAAUAUGAUGUAGAGGAAACUUUGCAGCUUAAAGUAGUUGAAUCAGAGGAUGAAGACGAGGUCGCCACAAACGGCGAAUUGGAGCUGAUCAAAGUCAACUCCAGAAGAGCGUCCUUGGCUACACUAAGACCUAGGCCCUUUAUAGGAGCGCAAUUAAAUGCCACAAAGAAGACAGCACAACAGGCUGAAAAGACUGAGGUUGGUAGAGUCAAGACUAAAGUAUAUCUUGCAUAUGUUAAAGCAUGUGGUGUUCUAGGAGUUGUUCUAUUUUUCUUAUUCAUGAUUCUAACGAGAGUUUUCGAUUUAGCAGAGAAUUUCUGGCUAAAAUAUUGGUCAGAAUCUAAUGAAAGAAACGGUUCGAACGAAAGGGUUUGGAUGUUUGUUGGUGUAUAUUCCUUACUUGGAGUGGGAUCAGCCGCUUUUAAUAAUCUAAGGAGCAUCAUAAUGCUGUUAUACUGUUCUAUCAGGGGCUCUAAAAAACUGCAUGAAAACAUGGCCAAAUCCGUGAUUAGAAGUCCUAUGGUUUUUUUUGAGACAACGCCAGUUGGAAGAAUUAUAAACAGAUUUUCAUCUGAUAUGGAUGCGGUAGACAGUAGUCUGCAGUAUGUUUUCUCAUUUUUCUUCAAGUCAAUACUUACUUAUUUGGUUACCAUUAUACUGGUUGGUUACAACAUGCCAUGGUUUUUGGUAUUUAAUAUGUUUUUGUUGGUAAUCUACAUUUAUUACCAAAGAUUUUACAUUGUAUUGUCCAGGGAGCUUAAAAGAUUGAUUAGCAUAUCCUAUUCGCCCAUUAUGUCGUUAAUGAGUGAAAGUCUUAACGGAUAUUCUAUUAUUGACGCAUAUAAUCAUUAUGAAAGGUUUAUUUAUCUAAACUACGACAAAAUCCAAUCUAAUAUUGAUCUUGUUUUCAAUUUCAGAUCAAUAAAUAGGUGGUUAUCCGUGCGUUUACAAACCAUUGGUGCUACAAUUGUUUUGGCUACGGCGCUGCUGGCGUUGACAACAAUUAAUACCAAAAAUCAAUUAAGUUCUGGUAUGGUUGGUUUGUUGAUGGCUUACUCCUUAGAAGUCACAAGUUCAUUAACAUGGAUUGUAAGAACAACUGUGAUGAUAGAAACUAACAUCGUUUCUGUGGAAAGAAUUGUUGAAUACUGUGAGUUACCACCGGAAGCUCAAUCCAUUAAUCCUGAAAAGAGGCCAGAUGAAAACUGGCCAUCAGAGGGUAGAAUUGAAUUCAAAAACUAUUCAACAAAAUAUAGAGAAAAUUUGGACCCAGUGCUAAAGGAUAUAAACGUAAGAAUUGAGCCGUGUGAGAAAAUUGGUAUUGUUGGUAGAACAGGCGCGGGGAAGUCUACGUUGUCUUUGGCUUUAUUUAGAAUAUUAGAACCUGCUGAAGGCAAAAUUAUUAUUGACGAUGUUAAUAUAUCCGAGUUAGGCUUAUUUGACUUGAGGAGCAAUUUGGCCAUUAUUCCUCAGGAUGCACAGGCUUUUGAAGGUACGGUACGGACCAAUUUAGAUCCUUUCAAUCGUUACUCAGAGGAUGAGCUAAAAAAGGCCAUUGAACUAGCACACUUAAAGUCUCAUUUGGAGAAAAUGCUUGGGAACGAAACUGGAUGUAGUGAUAAUAAUGUUGAAGAACGUGAAAAUGCUAAGGAUAUUCUGGAUGUGAAUAUUAAUGAGAACGGCAGUAAUUUGUCGGUGGGACAAAGACAAUUAUUAUGUUUGGCAAGAGCGUUAUUGAGUCACUCUAAGAUUUUGGUUCUUGACGAGGCUACGGCUUCAGUGGACAUGGAAACGGAUAAGAUCAUCCAAGAUACGAUCAGAAGAGAAUUCAAGGAUCGUACAAUCUUAACUAUUGCACAUCGUAUCGACACCGUGUUGGACAGUGAUAAAAUCAUUGUUCUUGAUAAGGGCAAUGUAAAAGAAUUCGACUCACCUUCGAAAUUACUAUCUGACAAGGGAUCUAUUUUCUAUAGUCUUUGUGAAAAAGGUGGCUAUUUGAAAAAAUGA